UUGGGCAUUGGCUUGGGUCAGUGGCGUCCUGUAAGCGAGCGGGAUUUGUUUUCGAACCACUCACCUGACAUUCUGAUCGUGUACAUUUUAUGAUGGUGUACAGUACUACUUUGAUGUGCACUAGAUUUUGGUCCUGAUGUUUGCCGAUCAGUUUGUAUUGGAUAGUUGCGCCGUAGUUCUCAUGGAUAAACUUUCGAAUUCAACGACUUCUGAUCAAGGAGUGUCUAACUGGUUACACAAUGAAACUGACUUUGUCGUGUGUACUCGUGUAACGGAAUACGGAAUAAACUACUUCUUGUAUUCCAGACUUGAUCGUUUAUUUCUUUUUUGUUUCCUGCCAAUUGUUGUUGUUAUCGGUGUUAUUGGUAACAUUUUUAUAAUAGUUCUGAUCUUAAAAGAAAAGAAGCUUCGAUCAUCACCAAAUAUGUAUUUACUAGCUCUUGCUGUUUCAGACAUAAUCUACCUCCUGUCAGAAAAUAUACGUGGCUGGCUCCAGUACUCUACCAGUUCACUGCAAGCCGACUCAUCAGGUGUAGGCUUAAGAUUAUCGAAGCUCUUGCUAUUCACUCGAAGCUCAAGCAUGUUGUCCUCGUGUUUUAUCAUGAUAGCCGUAAGCUUCGACCGAUACUUCUGCAUUUGUAAACCAAUGAGGUCUCUAACAACUACAAAGAAAUCAACGAUAAAAAUAUGCAUCGCUAUAUGGGUGGUAACCGCUCUGUACAACAGUCAAAUGUUUUUCACCGCAGUUCUGGUCCCUAAAUGCUUAGUGUGGCCUGCUGAAGAAGAAUACGUCAGCUAUCCAAAAACUAUAUCGCAUCUUUUUUCAUGUGAACCGAAAAAACAAUUUUGUAUGGAUAAACUUUCGAAUUCAACGACUUCUGAUCAAGGAGUGUCUAACUGGUUACACAAUGAAACUGACUUAGACGUGUGUACUCGUGUAGAGGAAUACGGAAUAAACUACUACUUGUAUUCCAGACUUGAUCGUUUAUUUCUUUUUUGUUUCCUGCCAAUUGUUGUUGUUAUCGGUGUUAUUGGUAACAUUUUUAUAAUAGUUCUGAUCUUAAAAGAAAAGAAGCUUCGAUCAUCACCAAAUAUGUAUUUACUAGCUCUUGCUGUUUCAGACAUAAUCUACCUCCUGUCAGAAAAUAUACGUGGCUGGCUCCAGUACUCUACCAGUUCACUGCAAGCCGACUCAUCAGGUGUAGGCUUAAGAUUAUCGAAGCUCUUGCUAUUCACUCGAAGCUCAAGCAUAUUGUCAUCGUGUUUUAUCAUGAUAGCCGUAAGCUUCGACCGAUACUUCUGCAUUUGUAAACCAAUGAGGUCUCUAACAACUACAAAGAAAACAACGAUAAAAAUAUGCAUCGCUAUAUGGGUGGUAACCGCUCUGUACAACAUUCGAAUAUUUUUCAGCGCAGUUCUGGUCCCUGAAUGCUUAGUGUGGCCUGCUGAAGAAGAAUACGUCAGCUAUCCAAAAACUAUAUCGCAUCUUUUUUCAUGUGAACCGAAAAAACAAUUUUGUGUUAUAGCAUUCGUCACAGAGCAGUUAUUGGUCUUAAUCGUCAUCCCCGUGACGAUUACUCUCUACAUUCUUAUGGUCAUAGAAUUGCGACGGGUUGGUCGAAACAGGAUUUCACAGAGAUCAGCACGAGUAGCCCUAAAAACAAAGAAGCGUACGAUAAAAAUGUUAAUGACGAUUGUGGUCAUCUAUGCGUUUUGUAUUGCUCCUUUUCGGUUACUCAACCUUAUUGAAGAGUUGCCGAACGUCAAAAUACCGGGUGAUAUUCUAUGGAUUAUAUAUUAUGUAAGUCGACUGUCAGCAAAUUUAAAUAGUGCUGUGAAUCCAAUCGUCUACGGUUUAAUUAGCCAGCAGUUUAGAAAAGCAAUGAAAACCUGCUGCCGGCCAUAUAAUUGUUCUAAACCAGGUCUGAAAAGAGGAUAGAUUGAUAUGUGUAGAAUAAUUUGCUAUGAAUUAUUUGUUGGAAUGAAUUGUUAGAAGAUGAGCUGCUUUGUAAGAAUAUGAUGUAUGAAUUAAAUUUAAUUGGGUAAGUGAAUUACAACAAAAUAUAUAAAUUUACCAGAAAUAGUUAAAAUGUUAAACUCAAGUCAUCGUUAACAUAUAGACCAUGCCAAGAUUAAUUCUGUUGUAAGCGUUCGAUAUCUGGCAGAUAAGUAAAAUUGUUAACAGAGAAUAAUGUAUGUACAAACGGAUUUCCAAUCCAAUCCAAAUCUUUGACUUAUAAGGCGAAGUUUAUUAUACAAGCCUCAAUCCGCCAAUUUGAGGUAGUGCUCAAGAAAAAAAGGAACGAAGGGAGAAAACGGAAAACAAGGGAAAAAGCAGAAAGCAGGAAAAAAAGAACGAAAGAAAAAAAAAACCCCUAAAACAGAAGCGAAAGACAAAAAUAUAAUAUUGAGCUGAAAAGAUGACUUUUAGGCCUCAUUUUGAAAAUCUUUUAUAGGCGGCCAUUACGAGCGCCCUUCCGCUUCCAAAAUGUUUGCCUUCAGUGCAGCGAUCAUUCGAUAGCUGGCGGCGCUUAAAUUGGCUUGCCGCCCAUUCCCAUGUCACCUCAAGUAUGCCCGUAGUUCGGUAGUCACAAGUCCUCCGUUAUUGUAACUAAACUUUUAUAAAAGAAA